AGGCUCCUGUGCCUGCACUGCUGCCUUCUUACCUCCCUCUCCCAUUUCCCUGCCCAGUGCUGUGCUAAUGCAUCCCUGGGGUCACUCUUGAGGGCCUGGCCCAGCCCAGAGGCCUUUCCAGGGCCUCUUCAUUAGUUUUGGCUGCAGCUGUGGCUUGGGCAUAGAUGUGGCAGGGAUAAAGGGGGUUUCUGGGCAGGAAAUACCUGUGCCUGCUCACCUGAGUGAGGUCUUGGCUUCCCACGGCCACUUGGGGAUCAGAAUGUUCCCACUCAGCCUGGGGUGCAGCAUUGUCACACAGUGUCCCUGGCCCCACACAGGACUCUGGUCCCUGUCAGGCGUCUGCCUCGUGCAGCCGUGAUUGGUUUAAAGUCUGCACAUUAUCACCCACCUGGCUCUGGGCCUCAUAAAAUCUGCUGCGAAUGAGACAUAUACACCACUCUCACUGCUGUCACUGCUGUCACUGCUGUCACUGCUGACCCUGCCUGGUCAGCACUAUGAGCACCGCUGCUUUCUUGGCAAGGGUCCGGGGUCUGCUGCGCAUCCGGAAUCGGCUGGUGCGGGAAUGCCUGGCUGAGCUGCUGUCCACUUUUGUGCUCAUAGUAAUCACCCUGGGCUGUUCUGCACAGAAGAUUGCCUUCGAUGACACGAGGGGAAAUGUCAUCACCGCUUAUGUGGGAAGUGCCAUAGCUGUCAUGGUGGGCGUCUACACGGCGGGGGGAAUCUCUGGGGCCCACAUGAAUCCAGCAUUCUCCUUAGCCAUGUGCCUGAAUGGGCAGUUUCCCUGGUGGAAACUUCCCAUCUUUGUGAUUGUGCAGACCUUGGCAUCUUUCAUAGCUGCUGCAGCUGUUUACGUCCUCUACUAUGAUGCCAUCUGGCACUACGGCAACGGGACCCUUACUGUCUCUGGGCCCCGAGAAACCGCCUCUAUAUUCGCCACCUACCCAGUUGAUUAUGUCUCUGUUGGCAAUGGCUUCUUGGACCAGGUGAUCGGUACAGGGGUGCUGCUGGUGGGUGUCAUGGGCCUCAUGGACGCCCGCAACAAGCCUGUCCCCAAGGGCCUGGAACCAGUGGUUGUGGCUCUCUUGGUGCUCUCCAUUGAGUGUUCCAUGGGCGCCAACUGUGGCUGCCCCCUGAACCCCGCACGUGACAUUGGGCCCCGGCUCUUCACCUACGUGGCAGGGUGGGGCCCGGAGGUCUUCAGCAGGGGCAAUGCGUGGUGGUGGGUGCCACUGGUAGCACCGAUGCUGGGGGCCGCCGUGGGCACAAUCCUGUACCAGCUCUGUGUGGCUUUCCACCACCCAGACGAGGACAGCGCAAUUCUGCCAGAGAAGGGCUCCAUCGUUCUAGUCAACACCAACAUCGAUGCAGAUAUUGGGAUAUCACCCAAGGAGAAGGACACUGGGGAGACAGUGCCUGCCGGGUAUCCCCCACCACCACAUCCCAGCAGCACAGUCUCCCCCACAGUCUCCCCCACAGUCUCCCCCACAGUCCCUGUCACAACAUUAAAAGAGUCCUGAGGA